AUGUCAAUUGAAAAUUUUUAUCGAAAUCAAGAAAUUUUUAUUACGGGUGGCUCAGGUUUCAUUGGAAAGGCACUGAUCGAAAAACUUCUGCGUUCGCUGCCAAACUUUGGAAAAAUGUAUGUUCUGAUACGCAGUAAAAAGGGUAAAAGUGCAGCCGAACGUCUGGAAGAAACUUUGAACUCGACGCUAUUUCGUCGGGCACGUGAAGAGCAACCCGAUGCAUUUAAACGUAUCAUUCCCAUUGAGGGUGAUUGUAAUGAAUUGGGACUGGGAAUUUCAGCGGAAAAUUUACAAAAGCUACAAAAUGUCAAUUUAAUAUUUCAUGUAGCGGCAUGUGUCCGCUUCGAUGAUACUCUAAAAAAUUCCAUAUUUCUAAAUACACGAAGCACUUAUGAACUGGUGAAAAUUGCGGAACGCAUGAAGAAUUUAAAGGCAUUCAUACAUGUUUCGACAACAUACGCCCAUCCGGAUCGUAUAACUAUUGAGGAGAUGGUCUACCCACCCUAUGCAGAUUGGCGAACCACUAUAAAAUUGGCCGAAACUUACGAUGACGAGAUUCUGGAUACACUAUUUCCCAAAUACGCUGAAAGUCACCCGAAUACCUAUACCUUUACCAAAAGUUUGGCGGAACAAAUCAUACGCGAAUAUAGAACAAAGUUGCCUGUGGCCAUUUUCCGACCAUCUAUAGUUAUUUCCUCCAUUGAGGAACCCUUUCCCGGUUGGGUCGAUAAUUUCAAUGGUCCCAUUGGUAUGCUGGUCGCCUGUGGCGUUGGUAUUAUGCGUACAAAUAAUGGCAAUCCCGAUUGUAUUCCCGAUUUUAUACCAGUUGAUUUUUGUGUACGAACACUGUUGUUAACUGCCUAUAAAGUCGUGACGCAACCCACACCAUCUGAUCAGAUUGCCGGAGAUGUUGAAGUUUUCCAUUGUUCUAAUUCGAAAAUGAAUUCAAUUAGUACAGGUGAAUUGAUUGAAAUGGGCAAAAAGGUCAUUUUGGAAAAUCCAUUUGAAAAAUGUAUUUGGGUGCCGCAGGGCAAUAUAACCAGAUGUGAUGUAUGGCACUAUACUAGGGUAUUCUGUGUACAAAUAUUACCGGCUCUUCUGUUUGACUUUUUGCUGCGAUUCACCAAAUAUCCUCCAUUUUUGAUGAAACUACAAAGACGCAUACACUGUACAAAAAAUUCAUUGGAAUUAUUUAUUAACACCGAAUGGAAUUUUAUUAACACCCGUCUAAUGGCCUUGGAGGAUCUAGUAGAGGAUAAAGACAAAAAAAGAUUUGGUUUUCUGCAUUACGUUGAGGCCGAUAAGGAGGUGUUCCUUGCGAACGGUAUUAAGGGAGCCAAAGAAUUUCUGUUGAAGGAGCGACCCGUUGCAUCGCCACAAGCACGUUUGCGGCUGCGUAUUUAUAUGAUUCUGCAUAAUAUUUUAAAAUAUGUUGGUCUCUAUUAUCUAUUGCGUUAUAUUUAUCGAGUACUGUGUGUCUAUUUUAAUGUGCAAUAA